AUCGGUCACGAUAUCACCAAGUGUUGUCGAUUUUAGCUCUAAAUGACCAGUUUUACUUGGCCACAGCAAUUCCAAUAGUGCACACUUUCUAUUGUAACUAUACAUAAAUAUUAUAACGUCACUUCUUGGCGCACUUUUUUUUCGCUAUCGUUCGAGAUCCCCUUUUGCCCUUUUGCUUGCAUUGGUUCCAAGACUGGACGAAGGGUGUUCAUCCCACCUAACAUUGGAUAAUACACACAUACCAUCGUCAACCCGCCCCUGCCAAGCCUUUUUAUAUUGAAAGAGCGCCUAUCGCUAUACUAUUACCAUUUCGACACGAUUUAGUGUCGCCCCUCGUGACAUAUUUCUUGAGAAGCGUUUUACUCUCUCAUAUUUUGAUCUCGACGAUGGAGAAGUCUGGUGAAAAGGCAGCCCUUGACUCCUUGGGCCGGCCCUCUAGCGUCGGGGCAUCACAGCCUGCAAAUGUCGAAUAUGACACCUCGACGCCCGAGGGAUCCGUGAAUGAAAAGUCGCGUCGGUCUUCGAGGGAAUGGGCAGAAGAAUCUUCUGAAUCCCACCAAGCCAACGGUGAAGAAGUCGGAGAGGGAUCUGACGCUGAGCCUCAAACCUCUGCGACCGCACCUCGAGCGGCAUCGCGUGCGUCUUCGGCGAGGUCGAGAGCGCUCAGUGUGGUCCCUACGAGCAGGAGGCGCGGCUUGUUUGCACGCUUUGCCGUCUUUGUACCAGAAGUUUAUCGGCCAUUCGAUUACUCAAACAAGACGAAGUGGACCAUUACGUUCAUUGUUGCCUUGGCUGCCUCGGCUGCUCCCAUGGGGUCUGGUAUUCUUUACCCUGUACUUACAGAUGUUUCGGUUGAUCUCAAGACGUCACCGACUAUCGUAAACUUGACAGUCGCUGUAUACGCUCUUGCUAUGGCUAUUUUCCCAAUAUGGUGGUCUUCUUUUUCAGAAACCUUUGGUCGUCGAACUGUAUAUAUUGUUUCUUUUGGCCUUGGCGUAGUCUUUUCAAUAUUGAGUGCCGUUAGUAGCAACAUCGCAAUGCUUAUUGUGAUGCGAAUGCUCGGCGGAGGCGCCUCGGCGUCGGUCCAGGCCGUGGGGGCUGGUACGAUUGCUGACAUCUGGGAGAUCAGAGAGAGAGGAAAGGCCAUGGGAAUGUUUUAUCUCGGUCCAUUGAUGGGUCCUCUGCUUGCUCCCAUUGUCGGAGGUGCCCUCGCACAGAAAUGGAAUUGGAGAAGUACCAUGUGGUUCGUGACGAUACAUGCAGGGCUUGUUUUUUUCAUGCUCUUGUUUUGUCUACCUGAGACACUCAGGAGGAAAGAGCCCGAGCAGUUGCCACGAACAGUCGACCGCAACUCCACAGAAGAUCAGCCGCAGCUCUCUCGUGCGACGACACGACAGUCUAUCGCGAAGAGCACCAAGCACUCGGUCAAGACAGUUAAGCGCUAUGUUUUCGACCCUCUGAAAGUGCUAGGGACCCUUCGGUUUCUUCCCAUCGCCGUCACGGUUUUUAUCGCAGCCGUCACAUUCGGCUCGCUGUUCAUAUUGAACAUAUCAAUUCAGUCAUCCUACUCCAAAGCGCCCUAUGGCUUCUCCACACUCAUAGUCGGUCUUUUGUACAUCCCCAGCUCGCUGGGUUACGUCAUCAGCUCCAUCUUUGGCGGACGUUGGAUCGACUACAUAAUGGCGCGUGAGGCGCGCAAGGCAGAGCGGUACGAUGCAGACGGAAAGCUCAUCUACCUACCCGAAGACCGCAUGUGCGAGAACGCAUGGCUGGCGGCCGCGCUCUACCCCAGCGCACUCAUCAUGUUUGGCUGGACCAUCGACAAGGGCCUGCACUGGGCGGUGCCGAGCGUCGCCAGUUUUCUGUUCGGCCUGAGCAGCAUGCUGAUCUUUUCAGCCGCAACCACGAUGCUCACAGAGUUUAUGCCGUCCAAGUCGUCAAGCGGCAUCGCCGUCAAUAAUUUUGUCAGAAACAUCUUUUCCUGCGUGGGGACCAUCGUCACGCAGCCGCUCAUCGACGCAAUGGGAAUAGGAUGGCUGUGUACCAUGAUUGGGCUCUUGGCCCUGAUAUUGGGUUUGGGUAGUGUGUAUUCGCUCAAGAAGUUUGGGCCUAAAUGGAGAAAAGAGAUGGACCGGAAGCUGGCCAUAUAAACUUCUUUGUUGGAUGACCUAUCUUGCUGAAGAGUUGGAAGAAAACAUAACUAGCAUAGCAGGAUUGCAUUUUGUUCUUUUCGGAGGCUGUCCUGGAUAUAAAUCAAGAAUGUCAAGAGCGUCAGCGACCUUUACCUUCCUUUUGGUGAUCUAAUACUAGCGUUGUUG